UAGGAGGGCGGCGGUGGCCCCGGGGACAGGACCGCCGGCCCCGGGAGACGGGCAGGAGGGCGACCCUGCGCGCUGGGAUGUGACCGUGGCCCGCGGAGGACUCGACCUCUCCGCCCGAGAGGAUCUGAACAUCUUCAGGACCCUACCCUUGGAUUCUUAGCUCAGCCAGGCACUGGCCAUGGCACUGUGCCUAAAGCAGGUGUUUGCUAAGGACAAGACAUUCCGGCCAAGGAAGCGCUUUGAGCCAGGCACACAACGCUUUGAGCUGUAUAAGAAGGCCCAAGCAUCACUCAAGUCUGGACUGGACCUGCGCAGUGUGGUGAGGCUGCCGCCUGGGGAGAACAUUGAUGACUGGAUUGCUGUGCACGUUGUGGACUUCUUCAACCGCAUCAACCUCAUCUACGGGACCAUGGCUGAGCACUGCAAUGAGGUCAGCUGCCCAGUCAUGGCUGGUGGGCCCCGAUACGAGUACCGCUGGCAGGAUGAACGCCAGUACCGGAGGCCUGCCAAGCUCUCAGCACCACACUAUAUGGCCUUGCUUAUGGACUGGAUUGAGGGCCUCAUCAAUGACGAGGAUGUCUUUCCUACGCGUGUUGGAGUUCCCUUCCCCAAGAACUUCCAGCAGGUCUGCACCAAGAUCCUGACUCGCCUCUUCCGAGUCUUUGUCCACGUCUACAUUCACCAUUUUGACAGCAUCCUCAGCAUGGGGGCGGAGGCGCACGUCAACACCUGCUACAAGCACUUCUACUACUUCAUCCAAGAGUUUAGCCUGGUGGACCAGCGGGAGCUAGAGCCACUGAAGGAGAUGACUGAGCGAAUCUGUCACUGAGCCCAGGCCUGGAUGUUGCUGCCCAUUACAUGGACCAUCUGAACACAGCAUGGCUGGGGGAGG